GACCGGAAAUGAAGAGGGGAAGUUCCUGUUGGCCCGAGCCCUUCAGCGGGUGUGAGAGUCCGUCAGGAUCCUCCCGCGGAGCCGGAGCCGGAAUCGGAGUCCGAGCCGGAGCCGGGGCUGCCGCCGGGUACGUACAUCAGGAAGAUCCUCAAGAGUGACUGAUUUAUGAAAUGGCAGAGAAUGGAAAAAAUUGUGAACAGAGACUUACAGGGAUGAACAAGGAACAGCACAAUGGAAACUUCACAGACCCCUCUUCACUGAAUGAAAAGAAGAGACGAGAUCGAGAAGAAAGGCAGAAUAUUGUCCUGUGGAGGCAGCCACUCAUUACCUUGCAGUAUUUUUUUCUGGAAAUCCUAAUAAACUUGAAGGAAUGGACCGUAAAAUUGUGGCAUCGUCGAAGCAUUGUGGUGUCUUUUUUACUACUGCUUGCUGUGCUUACAGCUACGUAUUAUAUUGAAGGAACACAUCAACAGUAUGUGAGAUAUAUGGAGAAAAAGAUUCUUUGGUGUGCCUACUGGGUAGGCUUAGGAAUUCUGUCAUCUGUUGGGCUUGGAACAGGUCUACAUACUUUUCUGCUUUAUCUGGGCCCACAUAUAGCUUCAGUUACACUAGCUGCUUAUGAAUGCAACUCAGUUAAUUUCCCAGAGCCACCGUAUCCUGAUCAGAUUAUUUGUCCAGAUGAAGAGGGUAUUGAAGGAUCUAUUUCUUUAUGGACCAUCAUGUCAAAAGUUAGGCUUGAAGCCUGCAUGUGGGGAGCUGGCACAGCCAUUGGAGAGCUACCACCUUAUUUCAUGGCCAGGGCAGCUCGGCUGUCAGGUUCUGAACCUGAUGAUGAGGAGUAUCAGGAAUUUGAAGAGAUGCUGGAACAUGCAGAUUCUGCACAAGACUUCGCAUCUCGGGCUAAAUUAGCAGUUCAGAACAUGGUACAGAAGGUUGGAUUUUUUGGAAUUUUGGCCUGUGCUUCAAUUCCAAACCCUCUGUUUGAUCUGGCAGGAAUAACAUGUGGACACUUCCUUGUUCCCUUUUGGACCUUCUUUGGUGCAACCCUUAUUGGGAAAGCAGUAGUGAAGAUGCACAUCCAGAAACUCUUCGUUAUUGUAACUUUCAGCAAACACAUAGUAGAACAGAUGGUGGCUCUCAUUGGGGCUGUCCCCAGUAUAGGUCCUUCCCUGCAGAAACCUUUCCAAGAAUACUUGGAGGCUCAGCGGCAGAAGCUUCACCACAAGACAGAGGAGGGUAUGCCACAGGGGGAAAACUGGUUGUCCUGGAUGUUUGAAAAGCUAGUUAUUGUCAUGGUGUGCUACUUCAUCCUGUCUAUCAUCAAUUCUAUGGCACAAAGUUAUGCGAAGCGAAUCCAGCAACAAAUGUACUCAGAGGAAAAAACUAAAUGAGUCCGAGAGAUAUCAUUUAACAUGCCCAUUCACAGAAACUAUAAUUGAUAGAGUCUACCUAAAUUGGCAUUAUUGUAAACAGGGAAAUGGAAAAAAGAAAUCAAUCCUUUUCCAAACAAAUAAUUUUUUUUCUAGGGGGGGGGGUGAAGAAAAAUUUUGUUUUUGAAAGUAAUUAGUCCAUACCUUUCAUUGACAGACUUUUAUGUAAAGGUAAGGUAUAUAGUUUCUUCUAAUUUAGUCUGAGUUGGAUGGUGUGUGGCAUUUAAUUUCAUUUUAAGUUACUUCCAAAAUUAAUGCACAACAGUACAAUUAGAGACUUUAAGCCACCUCCUUCAAAAAAAAAUUUUUUUUCUUUAAGUAUAUCAAGUUUAUUUGGCUUGGCAUAAGUGGACAUUUUCUUUUUCUAAAUCAUCAAAAUGUAUAUAAAUGAUAAUAGAUUGGGUAACAGUCAUGCAUGUCUAUCAUGGUGAUAUUUAAUAUUCCAUCCUGCCCAGCCCUCCUUCCUCACCCACCCAGGAAAAAAAAAAAUGUCAUUUUAUGAUGCAUUGCACACCUCUGGGGUGCCUUUUACAUUUUAAGACAGUGUAAGCAAAAUCUGGCUGGUGCCUCAUAAAUAAGCAGGCACCAUUUUUUAUUCUGUAUAUUUAGAAUGAAGUCACCAAAAAAAAAAAAAACCUUUAUAAAGUCAUCUUUGAUCAUUCCA